UUUUUGAUUUUGAAAUUACCUCGCGGGCUCCCGUAGCACCACUUCCAGGAAGAGGACCGAAAGCGUGAAAGAUGGCGGCGGAAAACGAAGCGGUUGUGGAUUUGAAUUCGCCCCAAAAAGACGAGCACUCCAGUCCCGGAGGAACCCGUGAUCCUGAGAGGACGACGAGGAGCUCCAGCUCUUCCAGUGACAGCGACAGCGAUGGAGGCGAGCGCAUGAGGAGCAGGGCCAAAGAGCGUCGUAGUCCUUCCCCAGAAAGAAGAAAUGAUGCAGACGAAGAAGCGGAGCAAGACGCAGCGCCAAGACGGUCACCCGGGUCCAGCGGUUCAGACAGCGACAGCAGCAGUGAGGACAGUGAUGAUGGUGUGAUGCACAGGAUGAAGAGCAGCGUGGCACACAUCAGGCGUGAUGCUCAGGACGAGAGCAGCAGACCCCGACGCAGGAGUUCCUCUGCAGACAGGAACGGCAGUGGAAGGUCGUAUUCCCGCUCCCGCUCUCGCUCCAGAUCUCCGUCUCCACAUAGACGCACAGACAGAGGCCGCAGGUCUCGAGAUCGGGACGGAGACUGGCGUUCCGAUCGGCGCUCCAGCCGCGAGCGAGAUGGAGAUCGGGAGAGGUUCAGGUCCAGGAGGGGAAGAUCUGCGUCUCCAUCACAGAGAGACAAACCCCCAGCUGAUGAGCCUCCAGUCAAGAAGAGAAAGGAGGAGCUGGAUCCCAUCCUGACUCGCACAGGAGGAGCGUACAUCCCUCCGGCCAAGCUCCGCAUGAUGCAGGCGCAAAUCACUGACAAGAGCAGUCUGGCCUACCAGAGGAUGAGCUGGGAAGCGCUGAAGAAGUCCAUCAACGGUCUCAUCAACAAAGUAAACGUGUCCAACAUCGGCAACAUCAUCCAGGAGCUGCUGCAGGAGAACAUCGUCCGCGGCAGAGGUCUUCUGGCGAGGUCUGUGCUCCAGGCUCAGAGCGCUUCUCCCAUCUUUACCCACGUCUACGCUGCCGUGGUGGCCAUCAUCAACACCAAAUUCCCUCAGAUCGGAGAGCUCAUCCUCAAGAGGCUCAUCCUCAACUUCCGCAAAGGCUUCAGAAGAAACGACAAACAACAAUGUCUCACAGCCUCCAAGUUUGUGGCUCACCUCAUCAAUCAGAAUGUGGCCCACGAAGUGCUGUGUCUGGAAAUCCUGACUCUACUCUUGGAGCGGCCCACAGAUGACAGCGUGGAGGUGGCCAUCAACUUCCUGAAGGAGUGCGGCCUCAAACUCACAGAGGUUUCCCCCCGCGGCAUUAAUGCCAUCUUUGAGCGCCUGAGGAACAUCCUGCACGAGUCGGAGAUUGAUAAGCGUGUGCAGUACAUGAUCGAGGUGAUGUUCGCCAUCAGGAAGGACGGCUUUAAGGACCAUCCCAUAGUUACUGAAGGCCUGGACCUGGUGGAGGACGAGGACCAGUUCACUCAUAUGCUUCCUCUAGAGGACGAGUACAACACGGAGGAUGUGCUCAAUGUCUUCAAGAUGGAUCCUGACUUCCUGGAGAAUGAGGAGAAGUACAAGGCGAUUAAGAAGGAAAUUCUGGACGAGGGGAGCAGCGAUUCUGGUGACGAUGCAGACGGCAGCGACGAUGAGGAUGACGAUGAAGGAGAUGAAGAGGCAGAAGCCGGAGAUGAUGAAGACAAAGUCACCAUUUUCGACAAGACGGAGGUGAACCUGGUAUCAUUUCGCCGCACCAUUUAUCUGGCCAUUCAGUCAAGCUUGGACUUUGAGGAAUGUGCUCACAAGCUGAUCAAGAUGAAUUUCCCUGAGAACCAGACGAAGGAGCUGUGUAACAUGAUCCUGGACUGCUGUGCACAACAGAGAACCUACGAGAAGUUCUUUGGUCUUCUGGCUGGGAGGUUCUGCUUGUUGAAGAAGGAGUACAUGGAGAGUUUUGAGGCCAUCUUCCAGGAGCAGUACGAAACCAUUCACAGGCUGGAGACCAACAAACUUCGCAACGUGGCUCGAAUGUUCGCACACCUCCUUUAUACAGACUCCGUCCCGUGGAGCGUUCUAGAGUGCAUUCGAAUGAGCGAAGAGACGACGACGUCCUCUAGCCGUAUUUUUGUCAAGAUCCUCUUCCAGGAGCUGUGCGCCUACAUGGGGCUUCCGAAGCUCAACGAGAGACUCAAGGACAUGACUCUGCAGCCGUUCUUCGAAGGCCUGUUCCCGCGUGACAACCCGCGAAACACCAGAUUCGCCAUCAAUUUCUUCACCUCCAUCGGUCUCGGUGGCCUCACAGAUGAGCUAAGAGAGCAUCUAAAGAAUGCCCCAAAGAUGAUCAUGACCCAGAACCAGGACGUCGAGUCAUCGGACUCUUCCUCCUCCUCGUCCUCAUCAUCAGACUCUUCAUCCUCGGGCAGUGACAGUAGUGACUCGGACUCCUCCAGUGACUCGGAUGACUCGUCCAGCAGCUCCAGCUCUUCAGACUCGGACAUGAAGCGGAAAAAGGUUUCUCAGCGUGGAAAGAAGCAUAAGGAGAAGAGCUCUAAACCUGACUGUCCUCCAGAAGUGAGACAAAACAAAAGGAACCAGAGACGAGAUGAAAGCGUGGAGGACCUCCAAAGACGACAGGACAAAUCCCAUAAGGACUCUCCUGACAAGCGAGAUCGUGGGCGAAGGGACUCACCUGAUGUGCAAGAGCGUGGGCGAAAGCACUCUCCAGACAUGCGAGCACGUGGGAGAAGAGACUCGCCUGAUGCACGAGCUAGUGGGAGAAAAGACUCGCCUGAUGAUCAUGGGCGAAAGCACUCUCCAGACAUGCGAGCACGUGGGAGAAAAGACUCGCCUGAUGAUCAUGGGCGAAAGGACUCUCCAGAUGAGCGUGGGCGUGGCAGAAAGGACUCGCCUGUUGCACGAGAGCGCAGGAGAAGAGACUCACCUGAUGGACAUGGCAUAAGGGACUCGCCUGAUGAGCGUGGGCGUGGCAGAAGGGACUCGCCUGUUGCACGAGAGCGUGGGAGACGGGACUCGCCUGAUGCGCGAGAGCGUGGGAGACGGGACUCGCCUGAUGCGCGAGAGCGUGGGAGACGGGACUCGCCUGAUGCGCGAGAGCGUGGGAGACGGGACUCGCCUGAUGCGCGAGAGCGCGGCAGAAAGGGCUCGCCUGAUGCGCGAGAGCGCGGCAGAAAGGGCUCGCCUGAUGCGCGAGAGCGCGGCAGAAAGAUCUCGCCUGAUGCGCGAGAGCGCGGCAGAAAGAUCUCGCCUGAUGCGCGAGAGCGCGGCAGAAAGGGCUCGCCUGAUGCGCGAGAGCGCGGCAGAAAGGGCUCGCCUGAUGCGCGAGAGCGCGGCAGAAAGAUCUCGCCUGAUGCGCGAGAGCGCGGCAGAAAGAUCUCGCCUGAUGCGCGAGAGCGCGGCAGAAAGAUCUCGCCUGAUGCGCGAGAGCGCGGCAGAAAGAUCUCGCCUGAUGCGCGAGAGCGCGGCAGAAAGAUCUCGCCUGAUGCGCGAGAGCGCGGCAGAAAGAUCUCGCCUGAUGCGCGAGAGCGCGGCAGACGGGACUCGCCUGAUGCGCGAGAGCGCGGCAGACGGGACUCGCCUGAUGCGCGAGAGCGCGGCAGACGGGACUCGCCUGAUGCGCGAGAGCGCGGCAGACGGGACUCGCCUGAUGCGCGAGAGCGCGGCAGACGGGACUCGCCUGAUGCGCGAGAGCGCGGCAGACGGGACUCGCCUGAUGCGCGAGAGCGCGGCAGACGGGACUCGCCUGAUGCGCGAGAGCGCGGCAGACGGGACUCGCCUGAUGCGCGAGAGCGCAGGCGGAAGGACUCUCCUGUUGCGCGAGAGCGUUCACGAAAGGAAACGCCUGACAAGGGAGAACGCAAGGAUCGGCAAUACAAAAACCGAGAGAACGAGGACUCGCGUAAGUACAAGGACACCAUGAGAGACAGAGAGCGCCGACGCAGCCAAGAGAAAGAGAGGUCAAAGUCAAAAUCUCAGGAGAGAAGCAGCAAAGACUAUAGGAAUGGAAUGGAGCGUGAGGACAAGGAGAACCGGUACAGAGAGUCCAGGAGGAGAGAGGACAGGAGCGUGGAGAGAUCGCCCAGAAGACGCAGAUAGCCCACAGCACGGGAUAAAUCGGUUAUUACGUUGCAACCUUAACUUUGGACCAUGUUUCUGUACAAACUAGCAGUGCAUUGUGGGAAAUAUGGACGGUUUUAGAUUCCCAUUGGACUGUAGAAAUUUGAGAAAAGUGUUUGGAACCUGGAGGAUAUUUUGUAUUUUCAGAAUUCCUGAAAAAUGUUUUGUGUUUAUAUGACCAUUAAAAGAAUCGAUUAAACAACUGGCUUCGGUGUUUCAUUUGAAAUGUGGCCUUGAUUUAAUAUCUCACCAGUCUUACCAGAUACUUACAUGGCAGCAGAACAAUAAACAACAUCUAAUCACAUUUUUUGCAUACAUUGUGGGUGGAUGUUUGUAUGCGACUAUUAAACACAGUGAUGUUAGGUGUUGGGUUUAAAGUCCAUGCCAGUAAAAUAAAUAAAUGCACCUUAAACGUUUUCUUUUUUCAUUUAGUUUGUUCUGCCUAAUUUUGUAGCUUUUUCAUUCAUGUGUGUUCAGGGGGGAAAAAUG